AUGGGUAAUUAUAGUUGUUUUACAACUGUUGAUGCGACAAAGGUCGAAGAAGAAAUAAUUACUUCGAGUAAAUAAGACAGCAUCAUAAAAUCUUAGGGAGACUCACUUCAAUUAGCCAACUUUGAGGAAUUGAUAUAGGAUCAUAGCUAAAUGUACGCAUUCUAAAAUGGAGAUGGAUUGUUAUCUUCUCGUCCUAAUUCCCCUCGUUCACAACAUAUAAUAAUCUACUUAGAACCAAAAAUAGUGGUAGAUGAAGAAGUCAAAUUUUAACAAGAUGGAAUUAAAGGAAUUUUAAGUGCACGGACAUAUGAGCAAUACCCGGAAUCCUCUUGUAGUUCUCUUAAUUAUAAAGAAAAACCAUAGAAAAAGGUCUAAUUUAGAGAUUGA